CCCAAGUGUUCCCACAACAUCUGAGAGUGUGCGGAGAUGGCGGCAUGUUGCGACCACCUGCACGAGGAAAAACAUUGCUUUGGGGCAAGCAAGAAGCGCCACGGAGCAACAAACAGUAGUUCGCGAGCUGCGUUUGCAUUGCCGCUACUCCGCAAUAUCCGUUAGCAUCUUUUCCCGUAGCUCCGAGACUCUUGAGCCUUCCACUAGAUCGAUGGCGUCACCAUGGCUCCUAUGAACCCAUUCUUUGUUGGUUGGCGACUCAAUCCUUUGAAAGCUUCUGAGUGCGGGCGGGGCCGCUUGCUGGGGUUAUUCAUGAGUCUGGUGAUGCGCUAGUUAGCAUUCCGUUUUGCGGUGGGCCGAAGACAGAUUUCAAAGCGAACGAGACGAGAUACAUAUUAAUCGCAAUCAACACUACUAUUCGCACAAAAUUAAUAAGACGUUCGCACGCUCUACAACAUGACAUUACCCGCGUUCGAAACCACAUUUGCACUGCCCAUGACCUGCGAGGCCUGCAUAAAGACAUCGAAGGGUCCUUCAAGCAGUUGAGUGGUAUCAACAAGAUCACCGCCAAUUUCAAGGAGCAACUUGUCUCUAUUGAAGGUACGGCAGCACCGUCAGCAAUUGUUGAUGCUUGAUUUGGAAUAUGUGAUCUAUAUCCGCGAUUUCCGCCUUGAUCCAGAAAUUUCAACUAUACGAAACAUUGGAAGCCAUCGGAUCCGCAACUCAUCCACUGUCCUUACACGAAACGGAGAGAAAUCCUUACUGUCCAGUCGUGGACUCUUUAAGAGUGAAAUAUCCCAUCAGCAAUGCCUUUGGUAAAAAUCGACGUGAUCAAAGGGAGGCGGUCACCCGCUCAGUUGCGCACCCUAGCAGACACAGUCCAGACUGUGAUGUUACAGAAGGUUAAGGCUCCUCCUAGGGACCGAUAUCAGAUUAUUACGCAACAUGAGAAAGACGUGAUCAUAUGCGACGACACGAAUCUAGGUUUUGAAAGGACUGAUGACUUAGUUGUUGUUCAGGUCUUCCAGCAGGGCCGAACUACCGAGGACAAACAGAACAUGUUUGCAGCUCUCGCUGACCAUCUAUCGACCGAAUGUGGGCUAGAGAAGACUGAUCUAGUGAUCUCAUGUGUUGAGAACAAGUCUGAAGAUUGGAGUUUUGGGCUGGGAGAAGCACAAAUUUUGAAUGGGAAAUUGUAG